AUGUAUCCACUGAUGGAUCGGUGCAUUAUGAAGUUGGUCAACUAUUUGGACCAGCAAACAAUUGGUGUGUCUGGUGAAGAAGCGGUGAUCGAUCCAAAAGCAGUCAUCAUUGGCUUCACUAUCGACGUCAUUGCCUGCACAUCGUUUGCAACUGAAACGGACACCAAUGGAGAUCGCACAAACGCCAACGAUCCUCUGCUGAAACACAGUGAAACCAUAUUUGCCUUUAAUGGUUUUAAAAUUGCUGCUGUUUUUGCAUUACCUCGGCGGGUGCUCAAUUUGCUCAAUAUCACCACUUGGUUUGAUCAAAAUUCAUUUGACUACUUUAUCAAUUUGACAAAGCAGAUACUGCAGCAAAGGAAACUUGAAGAGGGCACCAGUACUAAGCGAAAUGACUUUGUUCAGUUGAUGGUUGACAGUUUUGUUUAUGAUGACGCGCUACAAAACACUGACUACAGCAAGUUAACUGCUAGUGCUAAUGAAGACUUUAGUGAAACAAAGUCUCUUGAAACAAGCGAUAGUUUUCAGCCAACAAAACACAAGUUGUCUGAAGAUGACAUCAUUGCUCAAUCAAUCUUGUUUUUUGCUGCAGGAUUUGAAACAACUGCUUCAACAUUAACAAACUGUCUGUUUGAGUUGGCUAAAUAUCCCGACGUUCAGAACAAAUUAUUUGAAGAGUUGAACUCUAACCUGGCAGAUUUUCUUACUGAUGAAGCUAUGACCUCACAGGAGUAUUUUGAAAUUGUCGUCAACGGUUCACCGUAUUUGGACGCUACUAUUAAGGAAACACUGCGGAGAUAUCCACCAGCGAUUCGAAUUGAGAGAAGAAUUACUUCUGAAAAAGGUUACACUAUUUCAGGCGUUCACCUUCCUAAGGACACACUGAUUGAAAUUAGUGCCUAUGCGGUUCACCAUGACUCUGAGUACUUUCCUGAACCUUUUGUUUUUAAGCCAGAGCGUUUCUUACCCGAAAACCGUCAAAAUUUAAAACCGUACUCUUACAUUCCCUUUGGCCAGGGUCCGCGUAAUUGCAUCGGCAUGCGAUUUGCUUACCAGGAGAUUAAGCUGUUUUUGGCUAAAGUCAUUCGUCGUUACCGAUUUUCUACAACACCAAAUACGCCUCAGAAACUGUCAUUCAAACCAGGAUCAUUGCUGUUGAAU